GCAGAGAGACAAACGCAGUGAAGUCUCUGUCUUUAUUUUUCUAGGGUUUUAGAUUUUCUCCCAGAGAGAAAUUUUGAAAGCUUCAGAGAGAUUUCCAGCUCCGGCAGCCAUGGCGAGCACCAAAGUUCAAAGGAUUAUGACCCAACCUAUUAACUUGAUUUUUAGGUUUCUUCAAAGUAAAGCUAGGAUCCAGAUUUGGCUAUUUGAGCAGAAAGAUUUGAGGAUUGAAGGAAGAAUCACUGGUUUUGACGAAUACAUGAAUCUGGUGUUGGAUGAGGCCGAAGAAGUGAGCAUCAAGAAGAACACUAGGAAACCACUUGGAAGGAUUUUACUCAAAGGAGACAACAUAACUCUGAUGAUGAACACGGGAAAGUGAUGUCUGCCUAAACAAACUCUGUCGUGGAUUCGAAGAUCUCGGCUUUUCGAUGACCUUCAAAUGUUAAAUAUCUGUUGAGUUCUUCCUCAGUUUAAUUGGUACUUGACGAUACCUUCUUUUCUUCAAUGUCGUAUAAUAUUGCAAUGUAGUAACAACUUUGAGAAAUUAAGGAGCUUGAUCGAAUCUAGUGGAUUGGUUCAAAGAUGUGGAGUUUUCUUUACUUAACGGCAUAAUAUUUUGUAUUUGAUUGUUUUAAUAGAUAAAAAUUGAAAUU